UCUCCAUGGAGCCGCGGAUCCCUCACAACAUCACCGUUGUCCCCAACUCUGUGAUGGUGCAGCCCUUGCUGGACAGUCGGAUCCCCUACGGGCGGCUGCAGCACCCGCUGACCAUCCUGCCCAUCGACCAGAUGAAAACCACCCACCUGGAGAACGACUACACCGACAACCCCGGCGCCUCCCAGCCGCCGGCCCCGAAGCGUCCCCGGGCCCCCCACGAGCCGGGCUUGGCCGGCCAGCACCCGCAGCGCUGUGAGCAGGAUGUCACCCACCCCUGGAUCUCCUUCAGCGGGCGCCCCAGCUCCAUCAGCAGCAGCAGCAGCACGUCCUCAGACCAAAGGCUCCUGGACCACAUGGCCCCGGUGCCCGUGGCGGAGCAGUCGUCGCCCCGCGCCGUCCGCAUCCAGCCCAAGGCGAUCAACUGCAAACCCCUGGACCUGAAGGGCCCCGUGUCCCAGGAGCUGGACAAGCACUUCCUGCUGUGCGAGGCCUGUGGGAAAUGCAAGUGCAAGGAGUGUGCCCUGCCCCGGACGCUGCCCUCGUGCUGGGUGUGCAACCAGGAGUGUCUGUGCUCGGCGCAGAACCUGGUCAACUACUCCACCUGCAUGUGCCUGGUCAAGGGCGUCUUCUACCACUGCACCAACGAGGACGACGAGGGCACGUGCGCCGACCACCCCUGCUCCUGCUCCCACUCCAACUGCUGCGCCCGCUGGUCCUUCAUGAGCGCCCUGUCCCUGGUGCUGCCCUGCCUGCUCUGCUACCUGCCAGCCACCGGCUGCGUCAAGCUGUCCCAGAGAUGCUACGACCAAGUGAGCCGGCCCGGAUGCAGAUGCAAAAACACAAACAGUGUCAUUUGCAAGGCGUUGCCCGAGAGCAAAGGGGCAGAAAAGCCCUUUUAAGGGUUUGGGAGGAUGGAGUUGGGAGGAUGCUCCGUGGAGCAGGGUGGUGUUGGCUCUUUUUGAUAACCUGUGUUCCGAGGAGAGCGUCAGCCUCUUGCCUUUGGAGAAAGAGGAAGCAACUAUUUCAACAAACUGAAGCACUUUGGGUUAUUCAGGGUUUUUGGAACUGGUCGCAGUUUAAAUAGAUGGGGCCAAAGGAGGAAUGUUAAUAAUGCAGAGUGAAGGCUGCAAACCCAUGUACAUCAUGAAGUACAGCUGCUGAAAAACUCCCAGCUUGGAGGGACGGCUGCUCACCAGGCCUGCACACCACAGGAACCAUUAACUGCUCGCUUGGCAGGCACUGCCUCACAACCAAUCCCCAUUCCCAGCUGCAAAAAGCUGCUUUGAAUUCAGAUUCAGGGCGGGCUACUUGCUUCCUGUCUCCUUCCAAGCCCCAGCUCGCUCCCAGCAGCCUGUUGAAGGUGAUGGGGGAACUCCCUCCUCCCUCCUAGACACCACUCCAAGGGCUGGUUGCACACAAAGUACGUGUUUCUCAAAGGCUUUCCGUAUCCCUCAAAGAUUUGUGGACCAGAAGUGAAGCUGCAUUUCAUUUGUUGAAGGGUCUUUGCCCUUUGGGCAUUUCCCACCCGGCCUCACUGGUUUGGAUCCUCUUUCUAAAGCAAGAUGGUAGCAGGGCUGCUCCUCCCAGCAGGAAUGGCAGCAGGAUGUGCUCGGGCAGCGGUAUCAACGCCGGCUCCUCCUGCCUGUGAGCUGAUCCGUGGCACCAGGUUUCACUCAAUGGAAUAUGAUUUUCCCUCAGCAGAGCAGCCCCUCUGCAGGAGGAAGGUGGCUGAUCCCGGCUGCCCCCGGCCCAGAGCAGAGGGGAUGUAACUCAAACCUCAGAGCCAAGACGGGCAGGGUUUGUUCCUCUAAACCUCUGGUAAGAAGUCACACAAACCGAAGUGUACGAUGCACAUAGAUGUAUUUUUCUAGGGAUCUCAAUCCAGUACCUCCCCUCCUGGAACAAGCUCUUCUUUGCUCAUUAGAUAUUAAGAUUUGUUUUUGUCUUGGGGGUGAAUGGCAUUUGCUUGAAGUACAGCACAUUCCCCCACCCCUAUUGCUGCUGAUUGACUUUUGCCUCUUCUGUACAAAAGUGUCUUUUUAAAUGUAAAGAAUGCUUUUAGUGUUUAUUUUAGUGUUAACACACACUAGGGAAAGCCAGGGGAAGGAAGUUAACGAAUGGGCCCGUGGUUUUCAGUACAAAAAUACUGGCUCUGUCCAUGCCCUCAUCCUGGGGCUGCUUCUGCCUCCCCCAAGCAUGCUGUGACCCCUCUCUCUUGACAACUACAAGGUGCUAAACAAGAAUCUUAGUCCAAACAUGCAACACUCUAAUGAGUAGGUAGGUACUUGUUGCAUGCAGAAAGCUGACCUAGUCUCUCUUGGUGUUUUUAAUUAGAGGAGAUUUCCUCAGUAAAUGCACAGCAGUGACAGUGAAAUGUCAUCUCUAAUUAGAUAAGCAAUAGGCAGAGCUCAUGUAGCAUUUCCAGGAAUCCCGUUGGCCUGGCCACGGGGAGGGGCUGGCAGGAGCACCCUGGUGGGACUCUGGUGUCUCUGGGUUGCAGAAUUCAGCUCAGCUGGAUGGCUUGGGGUUUAGCUCAAUGGAAUUGUAGAUAUUUAUUGAAUGGGGGAGUUUAAAAAAAAAAAGAAAACCAACCAACUUUUCUAUUUAUAACAUUGCUAGCUUGUACAUGCUGAAUCAUAGAAAAAAGGAAGCAAUGUCUGUUACCAGACACCAGUUCCUACAGGGUAGCCUCAUGCUAACUGUAUGUGGGCACCAGGAAGCAGGUGGGGAUCCAGAGCUGUAUUUAUUAUCUUGCACAAAUUGGAGGGGAAAAGAUAAAAGGAAAACCAACCCCAGACUAGCUGAACUGUUGGUUGAAUGUAUAAGAUAUUGUAUUUAAUAAGAGAAAUCAUUGUCCUAAGAUACAAGCACGCUAGAAAAGGCCAGCAGGAGAGGUAUUUACCUGCUGCCCUCCUCUGCUGGGACCACACGUGUCCAAAUGGCCUCCACCCACGGCUGCUUUGCCUUUCUGCCCCUCUGUCCCUGGCUGCUCCUGGGGAACCUGUGCUGCAAACCUGCACUGGCAGAGCCCAAGGCUUGGCUGCAUGUCCCCAUGAGCAAAGGCACCGCUGGAAUGGUGGCCCCUGUGCCAAUCUACACUCAUGUACAUACUCCCAGCACUCCAGCCGGGGUUCCUCUCAUUGUACAUAGCUGUAAACUUAUUUCUCUGUUGGUUUGUUUGAAUAUCUAAGCCCUGUGAGCCGACGAUGCCGUGCUGGAGCCUGCCCAGCCUUGUGGAUGUGUUAGAGCAGUGGUCAGUGUAGCAGAGUGCCCCUCCGUCCUCCCCGCGGCUCCCAGCACGGUCCCUGGACUCUGCUCCAGCAUUCCCAGCCCAGGGCAUGGCAGGAAGGUGCUGAGCCCUGGCUGGAGCUGGGGAAGGGCCGGGCUUGGCCUGGGCCAGGGCUCUGCCAGGGGGAACAGCUCCCGUCAGUAACGCCGGCACUCCCGCUCCCCAU